CGACAAUUGAGCAAUAACAUCUGUUUGGCUGAUAGAAGUUGUAAGAGAAGUUAGGGUUCCUUACUUGCACGAGAGAUUAUCCUUCCAACGUCGGUGGUUAAAUAUAAUUCUCGAUCUGUAAGUAUGGCGGCAGAGCAGAAGGCGACGACAGAAGAAGUAAAGAUGGAUCUGUUCGAGGACGAUGAUGAGUUCGAGGAGUUUGAAAUCAACCAAGAUUGGGUGGAGAACGAAGAGCAAGUGAAGGACGUUGGUCUGCAAUGGGAAGAUGACUGGGACGAUGAUGAUGUCAAUGACGACUUCUCGCAUCAGCUGAGGAAGGAACUUGAGACCAUUUCUGCUGAUAAGAAAUGAGGUGUUCUUUUGAAUCGCUACUUUACUCUUCGAUGCUAGUUACCAUCUUUGAAGAUAAUAAAUCCCAACUUUUAUUAUUGCAUAUUAUUGCAUCUUCUCUGAAUGUGCUGGCUUGGAUAUGUAUGUUUUAAUGUUAGAUAGCUGAACGUUAAGGAUCA